AUGAAAAAGGGAAAGGUGGGCGACAACAAUGAGCCUCCCAGUUAUCAGGAGGCAACAGCAGGCUAUGAGGAGAUGCAGGCCCAGUUCAGCUGGGACGACAAGACCAUCAGACGGACUUUCAUCAGGAAGGUCUACGCCAUUCUCAUGCUGCAGCUGUUUGUCACUGUGGGAGUUGUUUGUCUCUUCACAUUCUGCGCACCUGUGAGGUUUUACAUUCAGACUCAUCCCGGCUUGUACAUGGCAUCUUAUCUCAUGUUUUUUGCCACCUACAUUGCGCUGUCCUGCUGUGGAGACCUGAGGAGGCAGUUUCCUUGGAAUGUCAUUCUGCUUGUUCUCUUUACUUUGAGCAUGGCCUUCAUGAUGGGAUUUGUGUCAAGCUUUUACAACACCAAGUCAGUGGCGCUGUGUUUGGGAAUCACAGCUCUGGUGUGUCUUUCCGUCACUGUAUUCAGCUUCCAGAGCAAGGUUGAUGUCACGUCCUGCCAGGGCGUCCUGUUUUCACUGUGCAUCGCCAUGCUUCUCUGUGCCAUCACCCUCUCCAUUGUCGUCCCUUUCGGAUAUGUUCCCUGGUUACAUGCCAUCUACGCAGUGAUAGGAGCCAUCCUCUUUACUCUGUUUUUGGCAUUUGACACUCAGCUGCUCUUAGGGAACAAGCGCUACACUAUAAGUCCAGAGGAAUAUGUUUUUGCCACUCUCAGCCUCUACCUGGACAUCAUCUACCUGUUCAGCUUCCUCCUACAGAUCAUGGGAGGAGGCCACGACUGA